AAAAAAAAAUCAAAGAAGAAGAAAGGAAAGCUAAGCUCUCUCUUUCAAUCUGAAGCUUUCAUUUAAAAAAUCCUGCAUCUUUGUUGACUCCCUCUUCUUUCAUUUCGUUUUUCGAUUUACUAGUGGAAAAUUUUCUUAUAUAUUUGUAAAUACUGUACCUCACUCUUCUUUUCUAAACAAUUUAUUUCCUUUUGAUUCUUUGUUUUUUCUUUUCUGUUUGUGUAUAUAUGCAUAUGUAUGACAGUAUAAAUAUACGUUUAGAAUCGAAGAGGUUUCUUUUACUUUUUUAGUUCUUACUCUUAAGGUUUCAAUUGGGUUUCCUUUAACAAAUUAAUUGGCUUUUGAGUUUUUUCUUUUGAGGAAAAUUUGUUUGGAUCCUGAGAAAAAUUAGUGUUUCUUUGGUGGGAAAUUCUGGGUUUUGACAUUUAAUUAGUUUUAAAACCAUAAAACCAUUUAUUUUGGCGGGAUUUGUCUUGGUUGUUCGCAAGCCAUGGCGGUUUCGACGAUAGCUCUUUACGCUAGUCCACCGAGGAGCACACCCAGCAGCGUGUGCUCGGCGCCUAUCCAGAUCAACAUGAAUUCUCACGCUUCUUAUGAUCUGGAUCUGAGUUCGAAAUCUUCAUCGACUUCCUCAGCGACAGCUUCCGGUUCUUCCCAGAGACCUGCUGUCGGUGGCCUAUCGUGCCUCUUCUCCUCACCCACGGUAAAAUCAAGCUUUUCCAGCAGCGGGGGAGAGGAUUUAGGGUCCCAUAGAGGGGAAGAUUUGAAGGAAUUAAGCAGUUCGUUUUGUUACUCAUCUAGUAAAUUCGGUGGUUCUUAUUUGAAGGCCAAUCAGAGCCCGGUUUCGGUGUUUCAGGCCCCGGUUUCGUGUAGCAGCAGCAGCCCUCCUAUGCGAAUUGUUCGCGAAAAGGGCGGGGAUGUGAAUUUUCAGGGCUCGUUUCGUGUAGGGACAAAUCGUUUGUUCAAUGGAUUCAUUAGGGGUGCAUUGGGAUCUUGUGUUCAUUAUGAUUCCCCGAGUUCCGAGGUGCGAAAUGGUAGUUGUGUCGAUGAAUUGCCGUUCUCUAUGGAGGAUAAUUUCAUCGAGGAAGUAGAUCAAGAUCCUUAUGUUAAGGAAUUGCUUUUAGGUGCACAAUUGAGGCAUAAAAUCUUUUCUGAAGAUAUCGUAAUCAAAGCAUUUUACGAAGCGGAGCAGGCACAUAGAGGACAGAUGCGUGCGAGCGGGGAUCCUUAUUUGCAACAUUGUGUAGAAACAGCAGUGUUGUUGGCAUCCAUUGGUGCCAACUCCAUGGUGGUUGCAGCAGGGCUCUUACACGACACCCUCGAUGAUGCAUUCUUGAGCUACGACUACAUUUUAGGGAAAUUUGGUGCUGGGGUUGCUGAUUUAGUGGAAGGGGUCUCUAAACUUAGCCAUCUGAGCAAGCUAGCACGGGAAAAUAAUACGGCAAGCAAAACUGUCGAAGCAGAUCGCCUUCACACCAUGUUCCUUGCCAUGGCAGAUGCACGAGCGGUGCUUAUCAAAUUGGCAGAUCGGUUGCAUAACAUGGUAACACUAGAUGCUUUGCCUCUGCUCAAGCAACAGAGGUUUGCUAAGGAGACUUUGGAAAUAUUUGCACCGUUGGCCAACCGGUUAGGAAUCUCUAGCUGGAAGGAGCAAUUGGAGAAUCUAUGUUUCAAGCAUCUAAAUCCAGAACAGCACAAAGAACUCUCAUCUAGACUUGUGGACUCCUUUGACGAGGCAAUGAUCACUUCUGCUAUAGAAAAACUUGAGAGAGCGCUGAAGGAUACAGAAAUUUCUUACCAUGUUCUCUCUGGAAGACAUAAAAGCUUAUAUAGCAUUUAUUUAAAGAUGUUGAAGAAAAAGUUGACAAUGGAUGAAAUCCAUGAUAUUCAUGGAGUCCGAAUCAUUGUUGAAAGUGAGGAAGAUUGUUAUGAGGCUUUGAGAGUAGUUCACCAGCUAUGGUCUGAAGUACCCAGAAAGCUGAAGGACUAUAUAGGCCACCCUAAAUUUAACGGGUAUCAGUCCUUGCACACGGUGGUGAUGAGUGAAGGUGCAAUUCCACUUGAAGUUCAAAUUCGAACAAAGGAGAUGCAUCUGCAAGCUGAGUUUGGCUUUGCAGCUCAUUGGAGAUACAAGGAGGGUGACUGUAAGCAUUCUUCAUUUGUACUGCAGAUGGUUGAGUGGGCUCGAUGGGUUGUGACUUGGCACUGUGAAACAAUGAGCAAGGACCAAUGUACAAUUGGCUACACCGAUUCUGUCAAGCCACCCUGCACCUUCCCUAGUCAUUCGGAUGAUUGCCCAUUCUCUUAUAAGCUUCAUUGCAGCCAGGAUGGGCCCGUCUUUGUUAUCAUGAUUGAAAAUGAUAAGAUGUCGGUGCAAGAGUUUCCAGCGAACUCGACAAUGAUGGAUUUGCUGGAAAGAGUUGGGAGGGUAAGCUCGAGAUCAUCACCAUAUGGGUUUCCUGUGAAGGAAGAACUGAGGCCAAGGCUGAACUAUGAGCCAGUGAGCAAUGCUACAUGCAGGCUGAAGAUGGGUGAUGUGGUGGAACUAACACUAUCCAUACCUGACAAGUCGUUGACAGAGUACAGGGAAGAGAUACAGCGCAUGUAUAACCGAGGUCUCACUGUUUCCAGUACCGGGCCUUCCACUAGUACUAUGGUAGCUUCAAGAAGUUGACCCUCAAUUCUUUCUUUAUGGUAAAUCCAAAGCGGAGAG